ACAUGGUGGCAGUCCUCGGGGAGACCACGGGCUGCCUUGCUCUGCCCAAACUGCGAGACAAGAUGAAACACCACCCCGAAGGUUACCGCAUCCUCCAGGAACGGCCUCGCAUCCGUCUCUCCACCCUGGACAUGGCCGGGCUGCGGGGGCUGCCGGACGGCUCGCUGGGCCGAGAGUACGUGCGGUUCCUGGAGGACAACAAAGUUUCUCCGGACACCCGGAUGCCGGCCAAGUUUGUUGACGAUGAAGAGCUGGCGUAUGUGAUCCAGCGGUACCGAGAAGUCCACGACCUGAUGCACACCCUCCUGGGCAUGCCGACCAACAUGCUGG